CUCUUACAAUAAUUUCAGUAGUGGAAGUGGCAGCAACAAACCAAAUUGGAAAAAUACCUUAAGCAUAAUCAUUAAUAAUGGCUUUGUUAAAAUUAGUUUUACCGAAAAUCAAUGUCUCUGGUAUUCGUAGUAGGGGCAUUGCAUCCCUAUCGGCAUUGUCUGAAACGCAUCAGAUGUUGCAGAAGACAUGCAGAGACUUUGCAGACGCUGAAUUAAAGCCAAUUGCUGCUCAAGUAGAUAAAGAGCAUCUGUAUCCGAAGGAGCAGAUCAAGAAAAUGGGUGAUCUUGGUUUGAUGGCUGUGGCCGUUUCUGAAGAGUAUGGUGGUACUGGUUUAGAUUAUUUGGCUUAUUCAAUUGCCAUGGAGGAGAUUAGUCGGGGCUGUGCAAGUGCUGGCGUUAUUAUGUCAGUGAACAACAGCCUGUAUAUUGGACCUGUUGAUAAAUUUGGAAAUAAAGCUCAAAAAGAGAAAUACAUAAAACCAUUCGCAACUGGUGAUAGAGUGGGAUGUUUUGCCUUGUCUGAGCCUGGAAAUGGAUCUGAUGCUGGCGCUGCUUCGACAACAGCUAAAGAAAGUGAUGGUGGAUACAUUUUGAAUGGGACCAAAUCCUGGAUUACCAAUGGAUUUGAAUCUGAAGCAGCUGUGGUUUUGGCCACCACUGAUAAAUCACAAAAACAUAAAGGUAUAUCGGCUUUCGUAAUUCCGAAACCUAUCGCCGGUCUUGAGCUUGGAAAGAAAGAAGAUAAGUUGGGGAUUAGAGGAUCGUCGACGUGUCUGUUGAUCUUCGAAGAUUGCAAAGUGCCCAAGGAAUGUUUACUGGGAAAACCAGGAGAAGGUUUCAAAAUCGCGAUGAUGACUUUGGAUGCUGGUAGGAUUGGAAUCGCCAGUCAAGCUUUGGGAAUUGCUCAAGCUUCCCUCGAGGUUGCCGUCGAGUACGCUUCGAAGCGUUUGGCUUUCGGUAAACCGUUGACAAAACUCCAAACAAUUCAGAACAAAUUGGCCGAGAUGUCUUUGCAAUUGGAAUCUGCAAGGCUUUUGACCUGGCGCGCAGCUUGGCUCAAAGAUAACCAUAAACCAUACACCAAAGAAGCGGCGAUGGCCAAAUUGGCAGCUAGCGAAGCAGCGACUCUCCUCAGUCAUCAAUGCAUUCAAAUCCUAGGAGGAAUGGGUUACGUAUCCGAUAUGCCUGCAGAGCGUCAUUACAGAGACGCCAGGAUCACUGAAAUUUACGAAGGAACUUCUGAAAUUCAGAAGUUGGUUAUUGCCGGAAACCUACUGAAAGAGAUGGGCUUGUAGAAUUUAACUUGAAAAAAAUAAACAUUUUAUAUUUUUAUUUUUAA